AUUACAAAAAUUAAAUCUUUAUAUUUUUUACCAAAAUAAAAUUUUAUUAAUUCAAAAUUAGAUUUUAAAUGUAAACAUAAUUUUAAUUUUUAAAACUUUAUUUUUAAAAUAUAAGAAUUAAUAUUUUAUAUAAUUAAAACAUUGGAACCAAAUUUUACCAAGUCACAGCGGUGAAUCCUUCCCUCUUAAAGAGAAGUAAGCGCUUCUCCAAUAGUGGUGUAUCAGUGUCACUACACUAAGAACAGAGGACAGAUUUCUUAUUGCCCCGCCUCGAGCAGAACUAAUGGCUGUGAUCUAUGUCCGAGUCAAAACUACCAAGAUUAGCCACAAGAAAUCCAGACAGACAGGGAAGAAUGGCGAAGAUGAGCGUCGUGCCAGUGAUCGAUCUGCAAGAGUCUGAAGAUAAUCUCAAGAAGAAGCUGAGAGAGGCGUGCGAGGAGUGGGGAUGUUUCAGAUUGACGAACCAUCGUUUUGAUUCAAGUCUCAUGGCGGAGAUGAAGUUGGUUGCGAGAUCUCUGCUUGACCUUCCUGUAGAGAUCAAGAUGCGAAACACCGAACAAGUUAGGACAGCAACUGGCUAUAUUCCUCCAAGUUCUGAGAAUCCUUUCCACGAGAGCUUGGGACUCUACGACAUGGUUUCUUCUCACGCCGUUCAAGCUUUCUGCUCGCAAUUAGAUGCUUCUCCUCACCAAACGAAAGUGAUAGAGACGUAUGGGAAAGCCAGUCAUGAGUUGUUGAUAGAUGUAUCAGAAAAGAUGGCAGAGAGUUUGGGUUUGCAAAAUGUAGAUGCAUAUUUCAAGGAAUGGGCAUGUCACUUCAGGAUUAACAAGUACAGUUUCACACCAGAAACGGUAGGGUCGUGUGGCGUGCCAAUCCACACAGACCCAGGUCUAGUCACUAUUCUGCAAGAUGAUGAAAAUGUUGGAGGGCUUCAAGUAAUAAACAAUAAGUCAGGUUCUCUUGUUGAUGUCCCUCCUCACCCAGGAAGCUUCUUUGUCAUUCUUGGUGAUAUUGCUCAUGUAUGGAGCAAUGGAAGGUUUGCGACAGUGAAACAUGGAGUAGAGUGCAAGGAUCCAAAUGUGAGAGUGUCAAUGAUUUCAUUCUUGUCAAAGGAGGGAAACAUAGAAGCACCUGAGGAGCUUGUGGACUCUGAUCAUCAUCCUCGUCUCUUUCUUCCUUUUGCUUAUGAAUAUUAUAGGAAUCUUAGGAUGUCUCAGAAAAUCCAUGCUGGAGAAUCCCUCGCCCUAGUACGUGUCCCUACGACCUCUAAUUAAAUUUAGAUAGUCAAGAUUAGAAAAAUCAAUGAAACUUAAUUAUCUAAAUCUAAUAUUAACGGUCUAAACAUAGUCUUAAAUCACUUAGAACGUGAAGUGAAUUAUAUAAGUUGUGUAUGUGUGAUUUUUUGUUGUUUACUUGUGCUAUUUUGAACUUACGAAAUUAUAUAAUUUGAUAAUUGUGGUGUAGACUUUAGGCUUUUUUUUUUUUCCCUUGUAGUUGACUAGUUGUGCUAUUUUUAUUACCACCUUGUAAGUUGUGUUUGUUUCGUGUAAAAACAGUUUGUUUGAUUACUUAAAAUUUGAAAAUGCAAAUAUCUCCAUAUAUGUUAG